AUGAGUUUUCGAAAUCGGCGUAAAAGUUCUGGGCCGAGUUCUAAUUUUAUGUCAAUUCGACGCCGUUCAAGUGCGACACAAAGAGAUUUUGAAAUUUUGAUGUUUCAAAAAAAACAAAGAUUUCCUGAUUGGUUAUUAAUUAUUAUAAUGCUUGGAGGGCCUGUUUGUUUAAUUCUUUUUAGUUUAGAAAUAACAUCAAAUAAUUAUAUUGAGUUAUUUUCACUUUCUGGGCCUUUAAUUGUUUUAUUAGUCUCUCAACUUCAACUUUUCUUUUUAUGGCAUAUCCCAGCAAAAGAAUUAAUUCAACUUACAGAAGAAGACCCCCCACAACCAAUUAAACAUAAAAAUACUUCUUUCGAAUCUUGUAUUUUAAUUUGUUUAAUUUAUUUGUUUGGGGCUCUUUUAAAUUUAUAUCCAGGAGAAUUAGUAUUUAUUCAUUGGACAUCAAUUUUGGCUUCUUUAAGCAUUUUUUGUGUUUUACUUUUAUUAUUAAUUUUUCUUUUUCUUCCAUCCCAAGAAGAUCAACGUUUUGAUUUUUCUGUAAUUUCACAAAUAUUUUAUGGUCGCCAACUUCGACCUGUUUUGUUAACUGUUGACAUUAAAGCUUUUAUUACUUGUAGAAUUGGGUUUACAUUUUGGGCAUUAUAUUUAAUUUCUUCAAUUUUUGAAUAUCAAAAACUUUAUCCAAAUGAAAAACCUUCAUUCUCUUUAUUAACAACAUUUUUCCUUCAAUUUUUUUAUGUUUUGCGUAGACAAUGGUUUGAACAUUUACAUACAGGAUUGGAUAAUAAAAAUGAUAGAGCUGGUUUCUAUAGAAUUUGGAUGGAACCAGAAUUUGAACGUUCUUCCCCCCUUUUGUGUGGAAUUUUAUUUUUAUUAGGUUUAGUCUUUCAAUGGAUUAAUACAACGAUUGAUUUACAAAAAUAUAAUUUUCGUCAAAAUAUUGGCCAAUUAAAAAUUGAUGGGAAAGAUCCUUUUUAUAUUUGUGCAAGAUAUAGAAGAGAAGGGGGAGAAAUGGGAACAACUUUAUUACUUGGAAGUGGUUAUUGGGGUUUAUGUAGACAUCCAAAUUAUUUAACAGAAUUUUUUACAUUUCUUUGUUGGACAUUACCUUGGAAUGAUUUAUUAAUUUAUUUACCUUUAAUUAGUUUAUUUUUAAUUCUUUGGUGGAGAAUGGUUAGAGAUGAAAUAAGAUGUUCAAUUAAAUAUGGACAAUUUUGGAUACAACAUUGCCAAAGAGUACCCUAUUUGUUAAUUCCAGGAAUUUAUUAA